CGUAAACACCAUCGACGUCAUUUGCCAAUCUCCAAAAUCUACUUGGAUCAUUUGUUUCGGCAGUGCGAUAAUUUUUGCAUUAGGAUUUACAAAAUGAGUGCACUGUUCAACUUUCAAAGCUUGCUCUCGGUUCUGCUGUUAUUGAUUUGCACCUGCACGUAUCUGCGUUCGCUCUUUCCCAGUAUUGUGGACCGGAAUAAGAAAGGUAUGCUCGGUCUGUUCUGGAAGUUUGCGCGAGUUGGCGAAAGGAAAUCCCCCUACGUUUCUCUUGCGUGCCUCGUGAUGGCUGUUUCUAUAUUGUUUUGGACUUAGCUACAUAAUUCACGGAUAACUACGUAUUUCAUGGUUAUAAGAAAUGUACAUCUAAUGUAAGAGAUUAUGCAUUUUGUUGAAUAAAAAGGAUUACAUUUACAGGAUUUUACAGUGA